UAUGCAGCGUAAUAAAAGAGAAGAGCUUCUGUUUAAUAAUCAAGAAAGAAGAAGAAAGAACAAGAAGAGGAAGAGGAAGAGAAGCUGAAGUUCGUGUUUUUGGAGUGGUUGGUGAAAUUUUGUUGGGCGGAGAAGAAAGAUAAAGAAAGAAGAGAGAGGAAUUUGGAAUCGGUGGGUCUACGAGUAUCGAAGAGAAGAAGAAACAAUCGAUUGAAUCGAAAAAUGUCGCUAACGAGCGUGAAAAUGUCGGAAGAAGUGUGGUUAAGUUGCCUCACUCAUGCAUUGUCCACUGAAACCGAAGAGAUUAUGGGUCUUCUUUUUGGGGACAUUCAGCAUUCGAAAAACGGGAACAGGAUUCCAUUGAUCUGGGGGGCGUCUCCUCAGAAGAGGUAUGAUCGGCGAAAGGAUCGAGUGGAAACCGACCCUAAGCUCUUGGCCGCUGCAACUGCCCUCGCUGAGCGAAUGACCAUAGCCACUGGAACUACGACAAGGGUAAUUGGUUGGUACCAUUCACACCCGCACAUUACAGUUCUCCCUUCCUAUGUUGAUGUAAAAACCCAGGCAACGUACCAGCUUCUUGACUCUGGAUUUAUUGGCUUGAUUUUUUCCUGUUUCAGUGAAGAUGUAAACAAGGUUGGAAGAAUUCAAGUAAUUGCUUUCCAGUCAUAUGAUGGGAGGCAGAAUCAGUUAUCAGGACAUAUACCUUUGUCUCUUGUAAAUAGAAGCCCUAUUAUCGAUAUUGAUUCAUCGCCAAGUUCUUUAGAGAAUUUAUCAAUAAGACUUGGUUACUUCAAGGCAGAGAGCUCUUUGCAGGACGUCACUAAUAAGAGUGGAAAACCAUAG